AUGGCGACGCAGAGUGUGAACGUCAGUCUAGAUGAUAUAGACUUAUCGAGCUUGCGAGACCCAGCUGGAAUAUUUGAUUUAAUUGAAGUUGUAGGCAAUGGAACCUACGGACAGGUAUAUAAGGGACGUCAUACUAAGACUGGUCAGUUAGCUGCUAUCAAAGUAAUGAAUGUAACGGAGGAUGAAGAAGAUGAAAUUAAACUGGAAAUUAAUGUUUUAAAAAAGUAUUCCCACCACAGAAAUAUUGCUACUUACUAUGGUGCUUUCAUCAAGAAGAGUCCUCCAGGAAAAGAUGACCAGCUCUGGCUGGUUAUGGAAUUCUGUGGUGCUGGAUCAGUAACAGAUUUAGUUAAAGCCACUAAGGGAAAUACUUUAAAAGAAGAAUGGAUAGCAUAUAUAUGUAGAGAAAUAUUAAGAGGUUUAUCACAUCUUCAUGCUAAUAAAGUAAUUCAUAGAGAUAUCAAAGGCCAAAAUGUGUUACUUACAGACAAUGCUGAAGUAAAAUUAGUGGAUUUUGGUGUUAGUGCCCAGCUGGACAAAACCAUUGGUAGACGGAACACAUUCAUUGGAACGCCUUACUGGAUGGCACCAGAAGUUAUUGCCUGUGAUGAAAAUCCUGAUGCCACAUAUGAUAAUAGGAGCGAUCUUUGGUCGUUAGGUAUCACUGCCAUAGAAAUGGCAGAAGGAAAACCUCCCCUCUGUGAUAUGCAUCCAAUGAGAGCAUUGUUUCUAAUCCCAAGAUCUCCACCACCCAGGCUCAAAUCCCGUAAAUGGUCUGCAAAAUUUCAAAGUUUUGUGGAUGCCUGUCUGAUCAAGGACUACACUCAAAGACCCAAUACAGAACAACUGCUGAAGCAUCCCUUCAUUCGUGACCAACCAACUGAAAGACAAGUGCGCAUCCAACUUAAAGAUCAAAUUGAUCGCCAUAGGAAAAAUAAGAAAGUUGAUGACCAUGACACAGAAUAUGAAUAUGAAGGAAGUGACAAUGAGGAGGAAGAUGAGAACGCAUUACCAGGGGAACCAAGCUCAAUUUUACAAAUUCCUGGUGAAUCAACAUUGAAACGCAAUUUUCAGCAAAUUCAAGAACGAGAAUCUAGGCAGAAUAUUCAACAUCAACAACCUGUUCGACAUCACCAGGUUGCCCCUGUGCAGUAUGCUCAACGUCACCUAGCCCAGCGCCCUCAAUCUGGACAACUGCUGCGACCUGCUAGCUCUUCAGGUCCUUUCCAACCCCCCAAUCCUCCUCUGUCCGUUGAUCAUCCGAGUAAACAUUAUCCUGCAUCUCGUGCAGUAGCUCCUCCUAACAAUGCUGGCCUUGCAGCAGCCCCGCCUUUAAGCAAUGAUCAGCGUAACCAACGUGUUCCAGUCCAAAGACCAGAGCAGGAAAUGGAUGUCAUAGCUGCUCACCUGAACAAUUUAGCAGCUGAAGUAGCUCAUGAUGCUGAUGAGGAUGAUGAUGAUGAAGAGGAGAAUAAUGUUACCAAGGACGGGACGUUGGUUGUGUCGGAGCCUGCAAGGCCUUUGUACCGGGGAUAUCUCUAUGAUUCCCGUCAUCGCCAUCAUUUUCCUACCAGACCUCAGUCAGGUCCUAGUGAUAUGAAUUCCACUGGUAAUUCUGCGUUCCAUGAGACUCGACCUAGCAAUUACAAUCCAGACACACUAGAAACCUUGUCUUCAAUGGUCAUCCAUGAAGGAGAAGUAUCUGCAACUGAAAUUCUUGGUUUGAAGAAUGUAGUUAAUCCCCCUGAACAUAGUUGUCGUGACAAAGAACGGGAAAAGGAACGUAAUGAUGAGGAUGAUGGAACGCUGGUUUAUCGAAGGCUGAUAUCUAUUCCUUUAAUUGAUAACAGAACAGAGGGUAUGAUAACCCUGGCUGUUGGAAGUAGUUGUGAAGGUUAUAGUGUUGGGAGGAAUGUAAGAAUAUGA